UCUCUUGAAUUGUGAUCGCUUGCCAUGGGUUGGUUGGCACGGCUGAUCUCUGACUUGAGUUUGCAGGUCGCCAAGACACCCAAAAGCGGCCUGAACCGACUUCACGUCGAGGACAUCGCACCAUGUCUGCCGGCAAUGAAAAGGAGAGCAAAUGCCAUGUCUUUCCUGGCAGCGAGAGCUGGGCACCGGAAGGGAGAGCUGAUGGAGGCUGGCUCAGCUGACCAGGAGAUUGAGAUGCCUGCAGGUUCCUCGGCUGGUCUCGACGCUGGCUCUGGCAGAUAUGGCGCUGGACAUGGUGCUGGAUAUGGUGCUGGACAUGGCGCUGGAUAUGGUGCUGGAUAUGGUGAUCAAGGUGGUUUGGGCGCCAGUGGAGGCUACCAGGACAGCUAUGGCGAGCCUAACAUGGGCAGCUAUGGUUCUGGUUUCAACAAAAACUCCUUUGCAGGUGGUGCGGCGGGCGUCGGUGCGGCCGGUGCAGCAGGCGCACGUGGCGCCGGUGCCAAGAAGAAGAUGAAGCUUCCAGCUCCUGGGUGCCACAGAGGCAAAUGCCCCGAUCCCUUGCCCCCGGGCUACACCUGCGAACCCUGCGGGAACGUUUCGAAGGACUUGGGCCCAGGGCCUUACUCACGAGCUGGCCAGCAACAACAAGUCAUGCGUGCUGUCCAACAACGUUAUGCGCAGAUUGCCGCAGCUGGUCCUGCAGCCUUUGGUUUUGGCGCAGGUUCAGGUGCCGGUGGCCUAGGAGGGGCCAUUGGGGCCAGUGGAGCCAUUGGAGCCAUGGGACCUGGAUCUGGAUCCGGAUUUGGACCUGGAUUUGGACCUGGAGCUCCACCGGAUGCUUGCGAUGGCGGUCUGUUGCGAUCCUUGGAGGUCUGCAACGGCUGGUGAGGAGCGCGUUGCGCCGCGUUGCACGAUCUCGUUUAACCGUGCCAAAGAUGUGCGAAAAA